AUGGUGACAUCAUGGAGGGUUGUAAGAACAGGUGGCCUCUUCAAUCCAACAUCAACGACACUUGGUGCCAGGGGAGACCACGGUCGAAGACACGUAGGUGACGUGGGCAACAUAAUAGAAGGAGACGAGUGUGGCGUUGCAUCUGGCAUGUUUGAAGACAAUGACAUCAAGUUGACCAGUCCAACUGUUAUGGGACGCAGUGUUGUAGUAGAGGUUUCUAGCAAGAUGCAUCAACGAGCAAUUUUGAAGUGUGUUUUAAUUCUUGUGGCUACAUCUACGGUGUGCUGCAUCCCGUACUGUGACAUGUAUGACAAUCCUGCCUUAAACGUAAAGGAGGCGUAUGACGGAUGUGAGAUGGCGACCACAGCUGAGGGAUGUAUGAUUGUGAAAUCAUGCCCAAAAGGGUGCCUCGUGAAAGCCACUGGACCUUCUGGUAAAGAUAAAUAUAUGAAAGUUGGAAGAAAAUGGAAAGAAUUGGGGAAUAAGAUAACGUGUACGUGUGAACUCCAGAGUGAUCUCCCAACUCCCCUUCCAGGCGCAUUACCAUAUCCUCCAAGAGCUAAAUGUACCCUUAAGAAAGCACCAAUGUAUGCUAAAUGCGAGGUUAUGCCCAAUCCUGCUGGCGCCCCCUACAACUUGUCUGGUACAGUUUACUUCAAGCAAAGCCCAAAUAAAAGCACACAAAUAAAGUAUGAUAUCAUGGGCUUUGACACGGCUGAUAAUGUUACAAAACAUGGAUUGCAUGUUCACGUUUAUGGUGAUAUCAUGGAUGGAUGUCAAAAUGCAGGGGGUCACUUCAAUCCUAUGAAAACGACACACGGUGAUAGGCUAAAUGAUCCAAAAGAUAGACAUGUUGGUGACUUGGGCAACAUAAUUGAAGAUCAAAAUGGUGAAGCUUCUGGACUUUUGGCUGAUAGUCUUGUCUCAUUGACUGGUCCAUUCAGCAUAAUGGGGCAAAGUCUUGUGAUUCACGUUAAUGAAGAUGAUUUGGGACUCGGAGGGAAUCCUGGAAGUUUAGAAACUGGGAACGCAGGUGGUCGACUUGCAUGCUGCGUAAUAUUUGCCAUCGAUGGGCACUUCUACCUGAGGCCGCGAAUGGGCCGUUAAUGAAAGAUUGAUACAGAUCAGGGGGUAGAAACGCGACCAGUUUUUUCGUCUGGUACAAACUGAGAUACUGGACGCAGACCUUCAUUUUUGAUCCAGAGAGAGGUUGGUGUGAUUUAACCCGGUAGCCUGUGAUCGUUUAACAGUGUUUCAUUAUCUAGAAACAGGCUCAUCAGAUUCCCAGUACAUUGAGGAACACACAUUUCUUAUAAAAUGACAGCCAUUCAUCUAGAUUUUUUUAAUGUGGGGUUAAGCACAGAAAUAAUUUGAUUUUUCCCAGGAAAAAACACGAAUCACGUCAGAUUUCUUUUUAUUUACCAUUUCAUUGACACAAUAUGCAAUUU